AUGUCUCAUCUACAGGGAAAUGCGUUUGCACAGAUGAAGGCUCGCGAAAAAGAAAGGCAGCAGAUUGGUGAGGUCAAGAAAAAGCCAGAGCCAUCUCAGAAACCUAGCACUGGUUGCAAGUCAAACGGUUUGGAUUAUGAUCAGGACCUUGCUCUCCCCAUGCCAAAACCACGCCAUCCUCCUUUGCCGGACCCUGAGCCUGCUCAGGUGCAAACCCCAAAGAAAAGAUCCACAAGCAGGGCACGACUGGCAAAGCGUUCCUGUACUGAUGCUUCUGCUGCUGAAGCACAAUCGGGUGAAAGUCGGAGCAGUCCAGCUACUGACAGCGAGAAGAAGAAAUCCAAACUCGCAUCGCUUCGUUCCAAGUUCAGCCUGAAGGACAUUGGAAAGGAGUUUCGUAAAGACUCGCCUCCUCUAUCCGCUUUGCCCAGCCUGCGUAAGUUUAGCAGCAGCAGCGGUCAAUCAGAUGAAGCAAAGAAGUCUCAUGCUUCUAAUGUUCGAAACCUUAGCUUUGACGAGGAAAGGUUGUACAUCCCCAGAGCAAGAGACGCUGUCAUGCACCAUCCUUCAUCUGCUCCUCCGUUGACAUCGACUUUCCGUGAGGCGUUCAUUAGGGGCAAAAACUCUCAGAGUAGCACAUCUUCCUCUCUUCGUGAGCAGAUGUUGAAUAGAAAGGAUGAGGAAUCGGUCGACAAACCCAAGAUUUCACAUGUCCACGAUAACAACGACCUCAAAAUGAGCAACUCCGAGACUGCAAAAUAUCGUCAGAUUGCACCCCUUGACGGCUCGUCUCCCCCAGUUUUCACAGGCGUAUACUCUAACACCACACACCCAGAGUCCAAAACCAGUAAGCAUAGAGGCGGUAACAUGGAAGUCGACAGUAACCAUGCAACUCCGACCCCUGUCGUACCAAAGACAUCGCCUGCUCCUGUGGCUGAUAUUUGCCGCUCAUAUUCUCCGUCCAUCUAUGGCACCGAAGACGACAUCAACGGCAAGCCUAAGUCUUCGCUUCACGAUCAGAAGCCUGACAACAACGAUCAACAUCCCUUGAUUGUGUCGUCCGACCAAGCAAGUCAAAAGACGGUUAAGAAGGAGAAUCAAUCGUCUGAUGUAAUGCCUACCGCCCCUGAUCUUGAGGCAGCGCAGGCUCAGUCUUUUGACCAUAAUCUUAACUAUCAAAUGUCAAUGGACGAGGCACGGUUCUUUGCUGGUGUUACAAGCCAUGGAGGCUUUGCUCCUCCUCCCCCUCAUCCUGAGUAUCAAAACACGGUUACCUUAGAGCAGCUUGUUGAUUCGCACGCGCACUCCAUUCACAUCCACAUGGACACUGCCCUUAGCAAACUUGGUAGACAGCUCGAGAAUAACAAUAACUGGUCGACCGAUCAAGUGAUAAGACAGGUUGACUCGAUGACCGAUGUCUCUCGUCUGUUGAAUUCAAGAACUGGGAACCAGAUUGAGAUGAUGAAAGAGCUGCACCAGCUUCUGGUUGAUCUGCAUCUCAAGGUCAUUGAUAUGCAGCACGAGUCGCGUCAGAGGGAACGCAGACUUGUUGAAUUAUUUCACACCGAAAUCGCCAAAAUGAGAGCUGAGUUCAACAAGUUGACCAUGAAUGUCUCGUGCAACCCAUUUGUGGGACCGCGUCCCUCGAACACCGAGCUACAGGGCCCUCCGAGUCACACAAAGGCCACCAAAGAGUUUGACAAGCGGAAUAAAAGAAAAGCUCGUUCCAACAAAAAGGAAGAGGGGGUUGAAAAACAGCCAGAGAGUAGAACUGGAAAGGAACACGAUCAGGAAGGUGAAUGUGUUGCUAGUUGCAGUUUGUUAGAACAAGACAAACGCGCCGAGGAACAACCAUCUGGUGACAACAACUCAACACCUACAGUAUCCUUUCGCAAUCCCCCAACUGAUGAGCACAAGGAUGAUCCAGUGUCUACUCAAUCUCAACUUAGAAAGCCCAUCCUGAAAAAUCCUACACUAGAAUCUUCUGGUAGCCCUGAGCAGAAAGCGACGAAGAUGAGCAGCUCUGCCCAGCUUAUAGGUGCACCAGAAGAGGGCCAAAUUGGGACUCAAACAGCAGAGCCUGGAAAUAAGACUGACAAUGAGGAGGCAAAGAAUUCGCACAAAAAAGGCAUGUUUGGGUUCCACCGUCGACGAGAUGAUGACAGCCAAUCUUCUAGCCGUUUCCUGCGUACACCUCAGCGCAACAAAGAGCGCAAGACUCCUGCCAAAGAAUGCAAUCCAACUCCAUCAACUCCCCCCAUGCAAACAGCUCGCUUAAGCACUGCGAAUGAUGAGCGCUGCCAAGAUCAUUUAGAGGAAAGCCCAAGCUCUGUCCACCCGGCUUUGCGCAAUCCCCGUCAGAAGCAGAUCAUGGCUGAGCGUGAGUGUCAGAGAUAUGAGAAUCAGGGCCGUCAGCCAACUGGAACUCAGCCAGUGCAGAACCCCAUGCAACAACACUCACAGCGUCAACAAAGCCUAUCCCAUCAGAGCUAUAGUCCCAGAGUAAUUAUGCCACUCAAUUUGGUGCCCAAUAAUCAAUACGGAACUUCUCCAAUAGUCUUGCAGCAGGGCCAGAGCGGACACAAGCUCGCCGCAAACUACCCCCAUCCUCACCCAUCUUCGUUAGGACAAGCUCCCCAGGCGGUUAUCCCUGUCCCAUAUUACGGUGCUCAUGCCAGUGCUAGCGCUGGUGCAGGGGCACCCAAUGUCGUCAUGCCACCUCAUUGUCCUCAGCCCGCCGGCUCCAACACAUAUGGCAGAAACGACACGGUGGACAUGCGCAGGUGGUACCAAGAAACACGCCGACGUGGUUCUAUGGAGAAUGACCAUUCUUAUCAUGCAAAAUAA